GUUAGACCACUAUCUACUCUCUCACUAGAACUCUUCCUUCUCUCUCUUCCUUUCCCGAUAAUUUCAGAGAGAGAGAGUGAGAGCAAUCACAGGGCGAUCAGUUUCACGCAAGGCGAAUUUGCAAUAUAGCAACCCGAGAAAUCAGUAUGUUACUUAUUUCACAGGUUAUUGAGUUGUUCUCUCCUUCUGCGAUUCUGCGUUUUGCGAUUGAGAUCUGUUCUUUGACAACUUGUUUUCGUGGUUAAAUGCAACUCUGUGGAUCACUUCCCUAUUGGAUCUGACAUAUCAUCGUAUGCAUGGGGUGUUGUUUUUCAGUUCAAAUGGAGAAGUGCUUUGGAAAGAAGCCGUGUUGUUCGUUCUUGGGGUUUUCUGGAGCUUAUUUUUGUGCACUUUCUGAUUUCGUGAUGAAAAAGUUGAGGGAUAAGUACAGGGCUCUUUUCGGUAGCAGUGGUUGUCUUGGAUGUUGUGCUAGGCCAUCACUGAUUAUUUCUGCCGAUGAGCCAUCAAAGGGAUUGAGAAUCCAAGGACGAACAGUAAAAAAAGCUACCAUAGCAGAGGACUUUCGUAGCGCUAGCACAUGUGAGAUGGACAAUAGUGCAAUUCAGUCACAGAGAAGUGCCUCAUCUGUCAGCACAUCAAACCAGGCUCUUUUUCCCAACAGCGGUCCUGGCAGCACAAACAAUCCUAGUGAAUUUGUAAAUCAUGGUCUUCUUCUCUGGAAUCAGACAAGGCAGCAGUGGAUUGGAGAUAAGAAGUCUCAAAACCAUGAGCAACUUCAAGAACCCAGAUUAAGUUGGAAUGUGACCUACGAGAGUUUGCUUGGGACCAACAAACCUUUUCCGAAGCCCAUUCCUCUCCAUGAAAUGGUAGAUUUUCUUGUUGAUGUCUGGGAACAAGAGGGGUUGUAUGAUUAAUCUGACAAAACUACAAUUACUUUUUUUUUUUUUUUGGUGGGGGGUCUUGAUGAUAGCAUUUAAAGUCUUUUCUUUACUUCUUUCUCCUUUUUGAUUGUAAAUUUAUAUGGCUUUGGAACUGAAAAGAGAUCCAGCAAAUUGCUUGUAUCACCAACUGAAAUAACCAUGUGAUUGUUCGGACUAGUA